UCUCCCCGGGUCCCCGCGGUGGUUCCGUCCGCUCCGCCCCCCCCCCCCUUCCCAGCGCAGCGAUGGUUCCGUCCGCGGGCACUUCCGGCGGGAGCCGCUUCCGGUCAUGGCGACCGGGGGGACCCGCGGGGUCUGGGGGCGAUUUGUGCGGAGUCGAGUCGGCCGCUGGUUCGGCUCCGUUCUCCACGACUACGCGGCGGCCGCCUCCGACGUGACCUCGGGCGCCCGUCGCCGUCCCGGCGCCGCCGCGCUCACCGUGAGCUCCGUGGCGGCCGCCGGCGCCGCCGCCGCCACCGUCCCCAGCGCCGAAUCCUUCGACGCCGCCGCCCUGGACGCGGCCGCCGCUCUGGGGCUCCUGAGCCCCGGCACCCGCAGCCCCGACGCCGACCGGCACGUGCAGCGGCUCCUCCGGCGCCGCGCCACCGGGCGCCUGCGCUACCGCGACCUCGUCCUCGCCGCCGUCGUCUACGAGUCCCCGCGCGCCGCCGGCGCCGCCGCGUACGCCCAGCGCUGCCGGUACCUGCGGGCGCGGUGGUGGGAGGCGCCGCGGCGCCUGCUGGACGUGGGGUUCCUGGGGCGCUGGUGGGUGCUGCGCUGGCGCUGCCGCGACUACGACGUCAACGAGCGCGAGUUCGCGGCGCUGCCCGAGCGGCUGCGGCGGCUGCGGCGCCACCAGCUCCGCUCCCACCCGCAACGAGAGGGAGUUCGACGGCAAGUUCCGGCACGUGGGGGCGCCGAGGGGGGCGCGGGGCGCUAGCGCCGCUUCGUUAGCGGCACUUCGUUAGCGUUUCUUCAUUAGCGUUUCUUCGUUAGCGUUUCUUCGUUAGCGUUUUCUUCGUUAGCGACGCUGCUUCGUUAGCGUGGCCGGGAGGUGGUGAUUAAAUGCUGCUGAUGUGAUGGAA